AUCAGUGACGUCAAAAUCCCAGUGCGCUGUCAAACAGGUCCUCCCCGGAAAAAGCCAAUUUAGAGGGAAAAUCCGGAAGUCGCCAUCGGGAAAGAUGAUUGGCGGAUUGUUUGUGUACAAUCACAAAGGAGAGGUGCUGAUCUCCCGGGUGUACAGAGAUGACAUCGGCAGGAAUGCUGUGGAUGCAUUUAGAGUGAAUGUCAUUCAUGCCAGGCAACAAGUGCGCUCUCCGGUCACAAAUAUCGCCCGGACAAGCUUUUUCCACAUCAAGCGUGCAAACAUUUGGCUGGCUGCCGUGACCAAGCAGAAUGUGAAUGCAGCCAUGGUCUUUGAGUUUCUGCUCAAAAUCAUCGAUGUCAUGCAAUCGUACUUCGGGAAGAUCUCAGAGGAGAACAUCAAGAACAACUUUGUUCUCAUUUACGAACUAUUAGAUGAGAUUCUGGACUUUGGCUAUCCCCAGAACACCGAUACGGGCGUCCUGAAGACUUUCAUUACGCAGCAGGGCAUUAAGUCGGCCACGAAGGAGGAACAGGCCCAGAUCACAUCCCAAGUGACUGGGCAGAUUGGCUGGCGCCGUGAGGGUAUCAAAUAUCGUCGCAAUGAACUGUUCCUCGACGUCCUCGAGUAUGUGAAUCUCCUGAUGAGCCCGCAGGGGCAAGUGCUCUCCGCCCACGUGGCCGGCAAGGUGGUGAUGAAGUCCUACCUCUCUGGCAUGCCCGAGUGCAAGUUCGGCAUCAACGAUAAGAUCGUGAUGGAGGCGAAGGGACGCGGCGGCAUCUCGGGCAACUCUGAAUCUGAAACCUCACGCUCUGGGAAGCCCGUGGUGGUGAUUGACGAUUGUCAGUUUCAUCAGUGCGUCAAGUUGAGCAAAUUCGAAACUGAACACUCCAUCAGCUUCAUUCCGCCGGACGGAGAGUUUGAACUGAUGCGCUAUCGCACGACUAAGGACAUCUCGCUGCCCUUCCGCGUGAUUCCGCUGGUGCGCGAAGUGGGGCGCACCAAGAUGGAGGUGAAGGUGGUGCUCAAGUCGAAUUUCAAGCCAGCUCUCCUGGGCCAGAAGAUUGAGGUGAAGAUUCCCACGCCCCUCAACACUUCGGGAGUGCAACUGAUCUGUCUGAAGGGCAAGGCAAAGUACAAGGCGUCGGAGAAUGCAAUUGUGUGGAAGAUCAAGAGAAUGGCUGGGAUGAAGGAGACGCAAUUGUCGGCGGAGAUUGAAUUGCUGGAGACGGAUACCAAAAAGAAAUGGACCAGACCGCCCAUUUCAAUGAACUUCGAAGUCCCAUUCGCACCUUCCGGAUUCAAGGUGCGCUAUCUGAAAGUCUUUGAGCCCAAACUGAACUACUCGGAUCACGAUGUGGUGAAGUGGGUGCGCUACAUUGGACGCAGUGGGCUGUAUGAGACUAGAUGCUAAGAGCUAAGGUAUUUGCGAUGAGAGUGGCAAAGGAGCAUAAAUAUUAUAUUGUGUGUAUAGAUGAAAUCUCAUUCCAAUCUUUAUUAGCCAUAAUGAGAGAUAUUAUGUUACACAUAUGCAAUGACACUAUUAUAAAAUCCUCAUUUGCUUCGUAUUCCAUAAAAAAGAAA